UUGGCCAAUCCAAACAUCCUUGUCGCGCGUUAGUGGAACGGGGUGGUGUGCAGUGCUGCAUGCUGUUGGCUAGCCUUUUCCAUUUAAUCGCUGGACUUACAUUGUUCCUAUUUACCGUGCACUACAUUUAUUACGUUGUGACGGCACUUCAACGGUCCACCAGCACCAGCAUGCAGUCCGAGGAUGCAAAGUACAUCAAAAAGCGCUGGAAGGGAGGUACCAUCGAGCCGCAUCCUACGGAAAAGGCGCUGAUCGUGAAUUACAAACUGGAGGCUGCCGUAUUCGGUGAACCCGGUGACCCAAUGCUAGAGGACAAAAAGGAUUGCCAGCGAAUCAUUCGGCUGAAGUCACUCAACUCCAAAACGGACCCAGCGGUGCUGGCACGCGAGGUGGUGGAGAAGUGUGACCUCAUCCAUCGCUCCCAGCUGUCUGAUAUCGAGCAGAUCAUCUACUACCUGAAGAAUCGAAAGAAUGUCGAGCCGUCCGCGUCGUCAUCCGUCGGCGUUGGGGUGGGUAGCCAGCGCUCGGUGUCCCGUGUGUCCGGCAAGGUAAGCCCAAUGAUGGAAGCGACCGAGAAGGCCUCGAUCCGAAACAUCGACGAGUACAUCGAGCUGCUGUACGAGGAUUUGUCGGAGAAGGUGAAGGGUUCACGGUUGAUCCUGCAGCUUGCCCGUGAUCCGGACAAUCUCGAGGAGCUGGAGAAAAAUGAGGCCGUUCUGAGUGCACUGUCACGAGUGUUGCGCGAAGAUUGGCGCCGGUCGCUGGACCUCUCCACCAAUAUCAUCUACAUAUUUUUCUGCUUCUCCACGUACACGAACUUCCAUUCGGUGAUCGUGAACUACAAGAUCGGUUCGCUCUGCAUGGAUGUGAUCGAUUACGAGCUGCGGCGGUACGAUCAAAUGAAGCACGAUCUGGAUGCGCGCAAGGGUGGCGGUUCGGCUGCUGUCGUCGAACAGUGCGCUGGGGAGAGUGGUACGGCUGCGGGGACGACUGAGCGGCGCGACCGUGAUAAGGAAGUGGGACCGGGUUUGCGCAGUAGCAGCGAGCAGCUGGAUACGAUCAUCGAUCAGGAGAAGCCGAAGGAGAUGGAACCGCCGAGGCGGCGCAUUCCCGAGCUGAAACAACGGCCAAAGUCCGGCAACUGGGGCAGCUUUCAUGCUGGCGUUGGGCUGCCCGGCAGCACCGCCGUGAGCGCUUCGCUCAUUAAAGCGCACUCGAUGAACAACAGUUACCACGAGGCACUGUCGUACGAAAGCGCUGGUGGCACCGGUAGCAAUGUUGCCGCACUCAGCGGCAUCAGUAGCAACGCGUCAACCGAUAGUCUCAGUGGUCUGAGCGGCGGAGCUGCCUCGACCCCACAGACACCCGGUAGCACGGAGGGCGGGGCGGCGACGGAUCGGCCCGAUCCGCGCAAACAGAAGGACGACUACGACAAAAUCAACAAGCAGUUUAAGCUGUUCGCCCGGAAGCAAGAGCAGCUGCUGCGCGUCGCCUUCUACCUGUUGCUCAACAUUGCCGAGAAUGUGAAGCUGGAGGAGAAGAUGCGCAAGAAGCACAUCGUGCGGAUGCUGCUAAAGGCACUAGAGCGGCAGAAUUUCGACCUACUCGUGCUGGUCGUGACGUUCCUGAAGAAGCUGGCGAUCGUGAGCGACAACAAGGACGAGAUGUGUGAGCUGAACAUCGUCGAGAAGCUGCCACGGUUGCUGCAAUCGCAAAAGGAUCUGGUGCAGAUGACGCUCAAGCUGCUCUUCAACCUGUCGUUCGAUGCGCGCCUGCGAGCGAAAAUGAUCCGGGUCGGUCUGCUGCCGAAGCUGGUCACGUUUCUGAGUGACGACAAGCAUCACGGCAUCGUGACCAAAAUUCUGUACCACAUGAGUCUCGACGACAAAAUCAAGUCAAUGUUCACGUACACUGACUGCGUGCCGGUCGUCGUGGACCUGCUGCUGCUAAAUCUGAACCAGCGCUCCGACCCAGAUCUGAUCGCGCUCGGCACUAAUCUAGCGCUUAACCGGCGCAACGCAGCGAUGAUGAUCGAAAACAACCGGCUGCACAAUCUCAUGUCCCGUGCGUUCAAGUGCCAGGACACGAUGAUCAUGAAGAUGAUACGGAACAUUUCCGUGCACGAUACGCUUCGGAUGCACUUUGUGGACUUUGUCGGCGAUUUAGCCAAAAUACUGAUUGAGUGUGGUGACGAAGAGUUUACCGUUGAGUGUCUCGGCAUUCUGGGCAACCUGGCGCUUGCCGAUCUGGACUACUCGCAGAUCAUGCACAACUUCAAUCUGAUACCAUUGAUCAGGAAUAUGCUAGUCCCAGCGAAAUACAAGGACGAUUUGGUGCUAGAGAUGGUGGUAUUCCUAGGAACGUGCGCCACGGACGAAUCGUGCGCUAUGCUGCUUUGCAAAGCGGACGUGAUGUUGUCGCUGAUCGAGCUGCUAAAGGCGAAGCAAGAGGACGACGAGAUGGUGCUGCAGAUCGUGUUCGUGUUUCAGCAGGUGCUGCGCCACGAAAGCACGCGCUGCUACAUGAUCAAGGAGACGGAAUCGCCCGCCUACCUGAUCGAUCUGAUGCACGACAAAAACGCUGAGAUACGGAAGGUUUGCGAUCUCUGUCUGGAUAUUAUCGCAAUUACUGACAGCGAGUGGGCGUCCCGCAUCACGGUGGAGAAAUUUCGUAAUCAUAACAGCCAGUGGCUGAGUAUGGUGGACUCGCAGGAAAGCGUGGACGAUAUACAGACGUACGGGCCGAUGGAGGACGAGGAGAGUGAUCUCAACGCGUACCUGACGUCGGACUAUCUGGAUCAGCUCUAUCACUCCGGUGCUGACUCGAACGAUGAUGCGGAUAGCAACAAAAACCGCUCCGGUUCGGCCAUGUCCAACUAUAGCCGCCCGGUGAGCCGCUAUAGUCGCAAUCUAGAAGAUUUGGAAACGGUCGCUUAAAGGAUGCCAUCGUAUAUCCUGUCGCGCCUUGCCAAGCUGACAUCGAUGUGCAAAAUACUACGAAAUGAUGAUACUACGGUGGGAGCGCUUCUAUAGAGUUUGCCUUGGUGUAUAGGGUUCGGGUAGAUUCGAUCGCUACCUUUUUGUAAGACUUGUCGCUAAUAUGUCGCUUAAGCUAGUAGCUACUUAACAAAACCUUAGGAACAAACUGUGCGUUUAGAAUGGAUGUAACGGUUUGGCUUUAAGCUCAAUACUGCUGUGUUCUAUUUAAUUCUUAGAUUGUCAGUUAAUUUAAUGAUAGUAAUGUACCCCACAUUUAGUAUCAGUGGCGUUUUUCAUCCAACAACUAAGUCAAAAAAUAAUAGCAUAUUUAUAGCUUUGGUUUUUCUUCUUUAUUUCAUUUUCAAAACGUUUCAAAAAUUGGAAAUCCUUCUAGGAAAAACGAAAAAGGAAAUUCUUUCUAGGAAAAAAAAUAUUAUAAAAACAAUCGAGCAUGGUACGAAUCUACGCAACAAAAGUUUAUCCCAAUGUAUUGUUUUGUAUGGUAUUAUAUUCUUGUUACUUCAAAGUAAUCAAAUAAUCUUUUUUUCUCUACAUUUCAACGGUGCAUUUGUGCUCCUUAAUCUUAAGCGCAUUUUUUGAGGCCCAUUUGUUGGCUUUAUCGCCAAAAUAAUGAAGUUACAGUUUUGCGUGUUUUUCGUGCCUGGCUGGACUAGUUUUUUAAUAUAUUUUUUUGCUAGACGGUAUUUUUGAAAAAACAAUAAGUGAAAUAAAGAAUAAAAAAGCUUUAGAUAAUCUUUUCUUUUUGCAUACGGUAUACGGUUGGUAUGCGCGAACUGUGUCGGCGAAAUAUUCGAACAUAUGGGAAACUAUGUGUACUAAUCCAAAAUAAAUACCAAAACGUU